CAGCCGCACUUGCCGGUUGGGUCUCACGAGGGAAAGUUGUCCCGCUCCCUUUCUCCGUCCCGGUCGUGAAAGUUUUUCGUUUCCUCGUAGCGAACCUCGCUUUUUGAUGGUCAAGUCCACUGCAUGGUCUUCUUCCCGGAUCGGAUCCUAGUAAAUUCUGGCCUUGGUGGAACAGCUUGCUCCACCGAAACGAUAAGCUGCAUGCCGCUCGGAAGAACUGAUGCUACCUGUUGCGGAAUUUGGAAUCUGUUCCUGAGGUCAAUGACACCAGGCCCUCCAUAACAGUGGCCGAUGCCGUAUCUUUCGGGAGCGAAUGAACUUGAAUUUCUGCCUCGUUGGACAUUAUACAUCAAACAGUGCCUCUUUGUCGACAAAUGUGGAUUAAUUUAGCAGGAAUUUUACUAAUUCAUCGAAUCCUCUCUACACAACAAAUACACUCAGGUACGAUUUGUAUGAAUUCCUAGCUAGCCUCGUGCUCAAACUUUUAAAUUAUCGGGUAUUGUUAUUGUUCAUUGCCUUACUAUUUUGAAACAUUUCACAUUCCUGCAGGCGACACGACUGUACAUAGAGUUAUUUGUUUACAUCCUAUUCUUGCCUGGAACCGAUACUAGUAUGCUAUUUGAUUUAAAUUAUUUGAUAAAAGUUAAUUAUAUGUGAGCUCUUUGUUCGUGAUUUGUGGUCAAUCAUUUCUGCUGUAUGACCCGAUCUAUAUUUUGUAAUAUUUUUAGUGUAAUUAUAAGACAUUUUGUGAAAUUGAUGAUGUUGAUGCAAAGAUAGCAACAGCUGUUAAACGAAGGAACGGUGAUUUUUAUGAUAAUUCAUACUUAAAUGGGAAGCUUGUGCUUAUACAUUCCACAGUAUCAAUAGAUGAAUUAGCAGUUGUGUGACUAAACUAGUGACUGGAAACAAGAAAUAUUUUAAUGUUGUAAACUGCUGGUAUAAUGAACGGCAGGUAUAAUCUGCGAUUGUAGAAGCACUGUGACUUAAAUCACUCGAAAUUAAAGACACUACCGUUCUUUUGUUUUGCUAUGGACAUUUUCAUCAAAGUCGAAGAAUGUGGCACGGGGGAAGAUUUUGGUUCUUCGGUCACCUCCACGGUGGUCAGCCCCCAGGGCCAUCAGGCCCCUCAUGAGGACCACAUAACAGACUUGGGUUUCGAUCCGGGCUCAACAACAGACUUUGGGAUAAGUAUCUUUGACGAAAAGAAAACUUUCUUUGACCCUGUCGCUCCAAUGGCCGAACCGGUCAGCACAUUCCACCACAGUAUCAAAAAGGAAUACAACCCCGGUUAUGAGCCGGUGGUUACAAACAUUCGACCCGCUGCAGUGGUCAGCAGCGGGGCGGAUGAGGUAACUAACUAUAUCACUUCCCCGGUGGUUACCAGUGUAACGUCUCCAGACAUUAUGGGCAGAAGCCCUCCACCUUUCUCACCCAAUAAUAACGGACACUACCCGGGUAUAACGAUUCUAUAUGAGCAGAAAGGGGCAGAAAGCUCCACAAGCCCACAUCGAAAGUAUAUGCCACAGAAAGGAUAUUCUCCAACUAAAUCUUCGGAUCAAAGCUUCACAGCAGCAGAUUCUAACAGCAGUUCGACGACAAAAUCUUUCGUGCCGUGUAAAGUUUGCGGUGACAAAGCUUCAGGGUAUCAUUAUGGUGUCACAUCAUGUGAAGGAUGCAAGGGUUUCUUCAGGAGGAGCAUCCAGAAAAAAAUUGAGUACCGUUGUCUGCGGGACGAAAAAUGCUUGGUUAUCAGGCUUAACAGGAACCGAUGUCAGUUCUGCAGAUUCAAGAAAUGCCUCGACGUCGGGAUGUCUAGGGACUCUGUGCGGUACGGUCGAGUGCCGAAGAGAUCCCGUGAACGGAUGGAGGAGAAUCGUGUAACCCAGUCCGAGGCUGACCAAUCCAUUAGAGAUAUCGAGAAUAAAGAAUUGGCCAUGUACGAUAUGACCCUAACCAUCGCCCAGGCUCACCAUUCCAACUGUGCCUACACCGAAUUGAGGACGAGAGGACUUGUCAGAAAACCCGCGAUAUUAGGCCGCAACGAAUUCCAAACGAGCAACGUAUCAGAAAAGGGUAACACCCAGGUCGCCCCUGACAGCUUGGAGCAACAGAAGAUCGUGAUGUGGCAGCAUUUUGCUGCCUUCCUCACACCUUCUAUCCAAAGGAUAGUAGAGUUUGCCAAGAAAAUUCCGGGUUUCUUCGAUUUGACGCAGGACGACCAGCUGCUGCUUAUCAAGAAGGGAUUCUUUGAGAUCUGGGUUGUACAUGCGUCCCGACUCACCAGCCCUUCCGACAGUACUAUUACUUUUUGCGACGGCAGCUAUAUCACGCGCCAGCAAGUAGAACUCAUGUUUGAUUAUGAGUUCGUCCUGGCAUUGUUCAACUUCGUAACCUCGCUCAAUAGCAUGGAGCUGAAUGAUACGGAGGUGGCGCUUUUCUCAGCUAUUGUACUUCUCACCUCAGAGAGACAUGGCAUCUAUGACCAUAAAGCCAUAGACCAGCUCCAGGAGAAAAUCAUGGAGGCUUUGAAAAUCCAGGUGUCGAAAAAUCAUCCGGGAGAGCUCAACACCUUCCCCAUGCUCAUGAUGAAGCUCCCCGAGUUGAGGUCCUUGGGUGCAAAGCACGCCGAGCACCUGGAAUGGUUCCGGGCCAAUUGGACUCGUCUCAGGCUACCACCCCUGUUUGCCGAGAUCUUCGACAUCCCCAAGUACGAAGAAGAUGUCCAGCAAUAACAGUGAAUCCUGAACUUCAAAUACAUAGUCUUCAAUAACAUAAUUCACUUUUCCCUCGCUUCUCUGACCGUGAAACACGUAACAAGCUUUUGUCGAUUCGAAACUGAUGGACGGAUAUCCCCAGAGGAGCGACCGAAACCCAGUGAGACAGACAUAAAGAAAAAGAUAGAAAGAGACUUCGGAGAAAGCACACACAUUCAACAAAGAACUCUAAUGUGAAAGCGUUGGAAGUGAAAUAUUAUCUUCUCUUCAAAAUAUAUAUAUAAAAGAGAAAUCUACGAGAAAAAGCCCAUAUAUGUUGUUAUAAGUGUGCGCUUUGCCUUUGUUUGUUGUUAUAGUGCAAGAAUCUCAUUGUCGGGGACCACAUUAUUUUUGUUAGUAUUUAUUUGAAUCAUAUUAGUUCUUUUUUUGUUUGUUUGUUUCCAUAUUUCCCAUCAUUCAUGGUUUCGAUAUUUCUUGUUGGGAAAUCCUAGCCCUCUCACAACGAGUCUUGUCGAAAGAAUUGCAAAGGAUGCUUUGGGGAAAAAAUAUUGUUUUUGGCUUGUUCGCGUAUGAACCAUUUUGAUUCGAAGUUGGGAAUGUAUAAUAUUUUAUCAGCGAGAUAAACGCGAUUUUGAUGUGUAUUUGAAAUUCGAUAUUAGUUAACUUAACUUACAUUUCAAGCUGUCUGUAGGUAAUAUUAAUGACCCUUAAUGUUACAUCAAAAACAGAGGUAAAUUUUAAAGGCUGCAUUGAAGCACAAAAUAUCAAUACAGCAGUGUAAUGAAAAGUUUUUAAAAGUUUCUUCAUUUUGCUGAAUAUCAGAAUUUUAUAGUUUUACAGUAUAAAUUCAUUCAAUUAAUUUAUAACAAUAUAAACUAUUUUAUAUCAGAUUUUAAACUGUUUAAAUUUCAUUAUGAAAAAAAAAAAUAUGAUAUUUAGAAUAGAGUAUUUAGUAAAAUAUUCAAUAGUUUGUUAUAUUAUUUUCUUUGAUUAAAUUUUAGGCAAUAUAACUUUUAACCUCUUACGAUGAGACUUCGGUUUUUAUCUUAUAUUUUAUUAAUAUAUUAUAAAAACUAUUUUAUUAAAGAAAGAGUAUGUUUAAAAAACACGAAGGAACAUAUUACAUAUGGUUAUUUUUACAUUCUUAUAGCAAAGUUUAAUAUUUCUUCUAAUCUAAACGAAUUAUUUUCAAAUUCACUUACUUAAAUAAAGAUAUACAUUUUUUCUAUUUUCAAGGAAUUCUUGUCUGCGAUAUAAAAAUAAAAAAUAAAUGAAACUAGUAUUCAUCUUUUAAAAGCUUAAAAAUAACUUAAUAACUUUAAUAAUUUCUAAUAUUAUACCCAUAGUAAUAAAGCUUUUAUAUCUAUAGUUAUAAAAAUAUUUAUCUAAUUUUUAAUAUCCUUGAAUUAUACAGGUAUAUAAAAAUAUUUAUCUAAUUUUUAAUAUCCUUGAAUUAUACAGGUAUACAUUUCAGUACAAAGAUAAAACUCGUUAUAAUUCAAUUAAUUUAUUCGUUUUUGCUUGUGAUGUAGAAAUAGUUGGCAAAACAUUUUUCUCGAUUGAAGUAUUUUUAUUUUGAAAAGACGAAGAUGAAUAACUUUUUUAAAUGAUUGAAUUUCUGUAAUGUUUUUAAUGUGAAAUGAUGAUAUGAAAAAGGCUUUGAAUGUGUGACGACGAUGUCAAAGAUUGGGUUUUCAUUUUCAAUGUGCAAAUGAUAACAAGAAACACUUUAGGUUUUGCUUCCGAAUUUCACUUUGGACUUUCAACAUAUGUACUUUUUGUAUUAUCUUAUGUUCUGCAUGUGAUGUAAAUACUGAUAUUGUGUGAAAUUUUUACGAGAGUUUUCUGUGGGUUGUGUAUUAUUCGUUUACAUAUCUUGAAAUUAAUAUUAUAUUAGAUGAGAAAUUUUGGUAAAAUAUAUCACCUCCUCCUAUUUUUUUAAAUUCAUUUUCCUACCUCAUUAUUUAAGCAUUUAUCCGUCCUGUUUCCAGAGUGAUUUUCGAUAACAUGACUCGAAAUGAGUAACUUGAAUUAAAGCCAUCCUUUGCAAAUCUUUCUACUCAGAGAAGAGAAGGGAAAGGAAGUAAAGCUGUGUAACUUCCAUGUAUGAAAUUUACUAUUCACAGUUGGGAAAAGUUUUAUCAUGUAUGGAGACGGUUACCGUACUUGUUGAUAAUUAAAUAUUUCCUAUAUAUCAUCAAAGACAUGACAUAAAUUGCUUCAAAAUAAGUAUGUAUUAUAUAAUAAAAAUUCAGGCAAAAGGAUUUAUACGAGUCCUGGAGAUUGAAGGUACAAAAGUCAUGUUGAGUUUUGUUGUGUGCAUCAUGUGAAAUAAUUUACAAUUAUACACGAAUUAAAUUUCAUGCUUUAUUGUUAAUGACAAAAAACAUGAAAUUGUUUUCAUUGCAUAUUAUAUACUAUGUCUGAAGUAUUUUAUAUUUCAUCUGAUCAUAUCAGAUUACUAAUCUCAUUAAAAAAUAACCGUUGAAGCAAAUUCGUUAUAUUCGAUAAUUACCAAAUGUACAUAUAUGUAAUAAUAAUUGACGAAAAUCGACCUUUAAUAUGGCUUUGAUUUUUAAAAGAAAAGAGCGCCAAAUAAAGCGAGAAUUUCGCCAAUUAUUAAUGUUCAACUUGGCAUGCAAUCUCUGCAUUUAUCUAUUGUACAUACGAAUUUUCAUUUUCAGCUUGCUAUGUAGUAGCUGGCGCCGGGUUAGAUUAUUAGCAUUUUAAAUACUGAAAUAAACGUAACGAUAAGCACUUUCAUUUGAACGUUUUCUUGUUAAAAAAAAGUGUCUUUAAAGUAAUGCAAAAACUGGUAAUUAUCAGAAUGCUUUGUUAAAGAUUUGAUAGAUAGAAAUUUAUUGCUUUCAAUUCCUGUACAUACACAUAUAAAUUGCAUGAUUUUUACCGUACUGUAUUAAUACGCUUUUAAAAUUAAACAUUUAUGAGCGCUAGAUUGGUUGAAAUUUAAAUAAUAGUUUUAAACAAAUUCAGUAUAUUUGGUAUAGAAAAAAAUUUAAAAAUAAGUAUGAAAUAUUUCAGAAUAGUUAUUUUUUGCUUAUAAUUUGUAUGGAACAAAUGAGCGUUGCUAAAAUAAUGGUCAUAUUUAAAUGGCAGGUACAAUUUUAUGGUUUGUAAAAUAUAGUAAUAAAAAAUAUAUAGAUAAAAAAACUAAGGAAAUACAAAUAAUAAUUGGAAAGGUGAAAUUUCGUAUUCUAUGAUUGUAUUUGGUUGUUUAUGUCAAGCAGGUGUUCUAAAAAGAGAGGGUGGUUAAUUUCCCCCCCCCCACACACAUAUUUCCAUCAUUGUUUCUCAUUUUCAUCUCAAAUACUGUUUUGUGUUUAGUAAAUGGUAUUGUUUAUUUUAAUCAUUCUUUUCUCUUUUGUUAUUGGAUAAAAUGUAUUCGUCGUUUUGUAAUGUAAUGGGUUUUCUUCAAAAUCAUUCUGAAGCUCCAGCUACUUAUAUAUUAUGAAAAUACAUACUGAAACCUUCUGAAUUUUCUAAAUUUUACUACUAGUUUUGCAAGCUGAAAUGUUUAUGAAACAGAUAAACUCGCUUCAGUAUACAAACUACAUUACUUUGCAACUGUAAUAUUUCCUCUACUUUGCAACUAUAUUAUUCCCUCUACGGACUUAACUGCAGCAUAAAUUUUAAUGUAUAUACCCAGGAAGAAAAAAAGAAUUUUAUCAUAGAGGCAUGGAAAAAUAAUUUCUGUAAAUAUGAGUUAUAGUUUAUUGUUUUUGAUUAAGCUCAUCAUUAAUAUUUUGUAUGAAGUUAUAUUGAUUUUACAUCGGACUAUAUGGUACUUUCCCGUUAACACAACCCUUUUUUGUUCAGCGCGAGAAGUCGCCAGAUGUUGUAAUCCGUACGCAUUUCUUGCCAACAUCAUGCAUUCAGCAAUUGCCAUUGACAUAUCUUGACUUCUUGACAUAAAUUUUUAUUUGCAUACCCACUGUAUUACAAUACAUAAUUUAUGUAUAUAUACUGUUAAUAAUUUUAUCUUUUAUUCAUUUUGAUUUUUAGUAAAUCAUCUGUUUGUUGUAAUUUAUGCUGUAAGCAACAAUCCAUAGUUUUUUAAAAAAAUUUGUGGCAUUGAUUGACAUUUUUAACAUUUUGUGCUUUUAACUGAGCCCCCCCCAAAAAAAAAAAAAAAAUUCCUCUGGUGGCACUUAGCAAAAAAUUUGUUCUUUUCCUUAAAAUGGUUUUUGUAUUUUAAUCUGUAACAAAUUAAAGAAUUUAAAUCACUGGUAUGUUAUAGUAUUGUCUCCUGAAUUUAAACUGGUAAGACUCCUUUAUUAGAAUAGAUUAGAUUAUUUUUUGUUUUGUUUGUUUCUUCAAGAAUAGGUGUACUAUUUUUUAUAAUAGUAUAGGGUUAUUUCAUUUUGACUAGACUUAAAGUGGCCGUUUGGCGACUUUUCAUGCUUGGCAACAAAAUAUUUUGUGUUAUAUUUAAUGCAAAAGUAUCAGUUAUAUUGAUCUUAAUGAAUCAAAGUUUCUGAAGUUUUAAAUUUAACUUACAAUCCCUGGCAUUCAUAGUAAAUUGGUAAUUAUCUGUAUGUAUAUUCUAAAUCUAAAAAACUUCUGAGAGCAUUAUGUCCUUAUAAAUUGCAAGCAAGUUCCAAUUUUGCAAUCUAUGAUGCUAUUUAAAUAUCUGACAAAGAAUAUGUAGUAAAAUUAUUCCCUAGAGAUGUAAUUUUCUUUUGUAAAAUGAGUGCAGUGUACAAAAAACAUUUCCUUCAUAAAAAAUUUUCAAAAAAUAGAAGAUAUUUCUUUCAUAAAAACCAAUUCAAAGUAUAAAAAAUAUAUCUUAUAAAAAUACUUAAGAGUAUAGAAAGUAUACGCUGUUUUUUUGAGUGUAGAAAAGUUUUUAUGUCUGUUGAUUGCAGUUGUGUAAAUUUAUUCACAUCGUUUAUACAAAAAAAAAAAAAAAUUAAAAUGUUCAUUUGUUGAACUCUUUUAGAAUAUUUUUUAAUCCACAGUUAAAGUUUCUCAUGAAUCUUUGUUAAAAGAAAGUUUUAUUCUUCUGUAUCUUUCUAAAAAAAUGGGACAUACAAAAUAAAAUGUCUUCUAAAUUGUAAAUUUUUGUAUAAGUUUGUGCCUUAGAAUGACAAAACUUUUACUGUUGAUUACUUUUGACUAAAAAUUUGCCUUGAAAAUAAUACAUUUUAAGCAAUAUAAAUAUUUAAUUCAUUGUAAUAGUUUGUUUAUUUAAAAGUAUAUGCUAUCCCAUUAAGCCAUAAAACUGAAAGGUAAAACACUAAUUAUUGAAAUUUUUAGUGAAUUGUAUUCCUUAUGUAAAAUCAGAAAAAAUUUCUUGUGAAAUUGUUAGCAGAAAGCUGCUAAAAAUUAUUUGUAUUUUUGGUUUAAGAUCAUGAUAGGUAUUCCUAGUACAGCUAGUUUACAUUUUUAAAUAAUUUGCAUUUAUAAAGAUUAUAUUAUGGAAGGCAUUAUUGUACUAACGAAAUUGAUAAAGAAUUUAAUUUUUCUAAUUUGAUUUUGAUUGUUAUGUGAGGAUCUGUAAACUGAAUCUCCACAGUGAUGUCGUUCGUUAAACUCGACGAUGUAUGAGCGUUAAAAAAAUAUAUUGAACCAAAAGGAGAUUUUUAUUCUAUAUACGUGUAAGAUUUUAUUCUACAUAGGUAUUUAUUAAUAUAAAUACAUUAAGUAAUCAUGUAUGAAAGACUUAUAUAUCUAUAGAAUAUAGAAUUUAUAUAUCUAUAGAAUUUACAUACAGCUCUUUUUAGUAAAACCUAUCAUGUUAUAUGCAAAAGUAUAGAUGGACCGCCUCAUCCGCGACCAUCAGCGCAAAUACGCAUGUGCUAUUCUCAGAAUAGGGUGGAAGGAUGGGGACUUUUCAUUAACUCCAUUCUCUCUUUCCGGAGAAGAGAAGACUUUCACCUUCGCAGGAAGUAAUAGCGCUCUAUUUGGACGAGUCCUGUGUGUUUUGGCAGAAUGCCAGCCAGGGUUGCGUUUGAGACGGUCGAACUAUAAUCUAAAUCUGGAUGUGUCGAUAAUUCGAGUUUAGCGGCAUUGUAACCUUUAUCGCUAAGCAGACGGUUCUUUUUGCCCUUCGCCAGUGUUGAACAACGACAUCAUUGUUGUAGAUGACAAAAUAAGUAACUUUUAAGCCAAUAAACAACUUCUAUCAAUAGAACUUCCUAUUCAAGUAGUGUUUGCUGAGCCAAAAAAUGUCUGACUGAAGUCGUGCAAGUACUUUCUCUCGUAUAGUAUAUAACAUUGCUGCAGAUUGUGAAAAUGAAAGUGUUUUUCCAUAUUCAAUAUCUAUGCAAGUUUACAUCAUUUUAUCUAAGAAUGUGAAAAUCUCACAAAUUCCAUGUACUGUUUACUGUAUUCUUCCAUGUUGUAUGAAGUAGUUAACAGAGUUAAAUAAGUAUUGUGUUAUUAUUUUUGCCACAUUUGUGUGUCUCUCAAACUUUAUAUUUGCUCACAUUUCGAAUCUUAUUUAUUGUCAUACCCCAUACGUGGAAUUUUUCUCUUUCCCAUUUUUCUGGUUAAAAAAAAAAAAAAAGCUAAUAUUUACAUUACUUAUGAAUGUAAAAAAUUGUUACGUUAUAAAUAAAUAACGAUAUCUGUCAUACAUAUUACAUUACCUAUGUAAUUUGAAAUCAUGCUUUGAUUAUGAGAAAUUGUAAAGAAAUUAAAAAAAAAAAGAAAAUUUUAUUGACAUGUUACAGUUUCUAGUUUUAUAUGAGCUCCUUCUAGAAUUAGCUUCUUAGUAUAAGAAAAAAAAGAAAGGAAAAAAUGUUUUCCCCUGUAUGCAUGUUGUUCAAAGCGUUGCAUUGCUGCAUAACGAUAUAAAAAUGCCGUUAAAUAUUUGCAGUACUGCUUGAGCUUCACUUUAAAGUAAUGUAGGUGUAGAUACUGCAAUCACGUGAUUCAUAGGGUAGAGACGUAAGGUUUCACGAUAUGCUUAAGGAAAAAGUGGCUGAGUUACUUUGUUUUCCUGAUGCAUAUUAUUUUUAUAUAAUCUAACUAUCAAUUCAAAUGUGUACAAAGCAAAAUUCAUUGCACAAGAGUGCAAGUUGAGUGCAAUUUAAAAAUACUUCUGUGUUAAAGUUAAUUUAAAGCUAAAAGACUGUUGAAUUUAAAGCUUAAAAACAGUUUUUUUAUAGGCAUGCAAUAUGCAACUUUGUUCGAAACACCAGACUAUCAUAAAUAUAAGACUUAAAUAUCUUCCGAGAUACUAUGAAUUCUGUUAAUACCGAUAUAUAUUAUAUAUAGUACUGAAAAUUACCUUUGUUGUUAGAAAUUAAUGUCUUUAAAAUGUUUUCACGCUCGGUGCAUAAAUAAGAAAUACUUAUAAAUUGAAAGUUAUAUCGGAGUGAUUCUUAACCUGUUUUACUUCAUACCUGUUUCACCACUGCUCCAGCAGUGAUCUCCCUUGUUUCCAAAACUGGAAAGAUGCAUAUAACAUUUAUUCAGAUUGGGGUUAUUUUUUUAACGUGCUUUAUAAAUUAAACAGCAAAAAGUAUACAAAACGUUGAUAAAUAUCAAAACUUAAAUAAAACUAGUGUUUAAUAGUCAUAAAGUAAAUACUUAACAGCUAAAUAAAAAGUUGACCGCAUCCCCUCCCGCCCCCCGGUUGAGGACCCUUGUUAUUACGGAAAUUAAGUGUAUAAUAAUAAAAAUAACUAUCAGCUGUAAAAGUUGCUGCUAGUUUAGGGUAUAAAAGUUAUUUAGGAACAGAAGAAACAGUAACAGUAAUUUUCUGAUCAAAAUAGUUGAUCUCGGAGUAAUCUUGAUUUUUGAAUGAAACUGCAGAAUGAAAGUAAUCGGACUAUGCGAAAAGGCGUUGUGAUUUGUUGACUGUAUGAAUUAGGUGUGAACUUCGAUUGAUUGACGUACAUAAAGUAUAUAAAAAGAACUAACUGAGCAGUGGACAUUAAUUUUAAAUUUUUUUAGAAUAAUAAAAAGAAGUUUGAAUAUAUAAAAUCAUAUAUUUCCUUUCAUAUAUACAUAUUGUUGUUCAAUCACACACAAUCUAUAUCAUAGGCUUCACGAUGUAUAUCAUAGGCUGUUACGCAUAAUUGCUUGCUAGCGUAUAAUUUUGUUUGAUUUUCUACGAAAUAAAGUUUUCCUUCAUUCAAAAAAAUUUCACAAGAAAAUAUAGAUAAAUUAGUAUUUAAACAAGUAAUUUAAAUAUCUGCAUUUGAGCUGAAAUUUUAAUCACUAAAUAAAACUUUAUUUAUUAUUUUCUAUUUUUCUAAAAUACAGUCUUGCCCACGGAAGCUAUAAUACGAAAUUGAAAUAAGCGAGUUUUAUUUUUAAUACUAAAUCGUACUUCAUAAAUUAGUGGUGAAUAAACUACGCCAUUUUAAAACGAAUACGAUUACAUCAAAAUCUUCUCUAUCAGAAAUUCGCUGCUUAUUUCAUUCGCGGGAAAAAAUGAAAAUAAAUUAAUACAAAAAUAGCUAAUUAAAGCCAGUUUAGCAAUCUUUCUUUUUUACUUUUACGAGCGAUUAUAAGUAAAAUGAUAUGCAAAUAUGGAGUUGGUGUGUAUAUUUUUAAUUCUAGUGGAAAUUGUGACAUGAAUUUGAUAGGACGUAGUGCAAAUUUUGACAGCACUGGCAAAUACAGAAGUGUAGUUGUAGAUAGCUUGCUGCGUAUUUGAUUGAGAAAUGCAUCAUUGUUUAUUUAAAAUUACGAAUAAAACUAUAAUUUAUUAUUAUGUCUGAUUUAUUAAUAUCUUGAAACUUAAUUUGCUUGUUAAUGGUGCUGAGCUUUCAAAAUAAAAAUUUGUUGUUCUUCAGUGUUAUAAACUGUUGAUUUUAAAUUAUAAUUAUUACUGUCUGAGAUAUCCUUGACUGUUUAGACUAAUGUGGCUUUAAUUUGACAAUUACCAGUACUCUUGAUUCAUUUAAAUGCAUUUCUGGAAUGAAGGAAUUUUGUGAUCAUUGAAAUUGUCGUAUUUAAAAUAUGAGUUAAAAUAUUUUCUGAAAUUAUUAUAUAAGUUGCAAAUUAAAAUUUAAAACAGUUUUAACUGGGAAAAACUUACAGCUAUUAAAGCUGAUCUUUUUCAAUUAUUUCAUUUAAUUAUGGCUGGCUCUAAAUUCAUGACUGAUCUGUGAUAAAAACUCUAAUAUUUUUAGUAUUAUUUUAAUUUUUUUAAAUAUUCGUUUCUUUCCAGAAAGUCAUUUCAGUGUUUCAACAGAGUUGUUGGAAAGAAGAAGUUAUUGUUUGAUUGUGCAGUAAUGCUUGUAAUGUGGAUAUAUUUUGUGGCAUAUAUGUUAUACUGUUUAUCAUUGUAGUAAAAUGUUAAAUAUUGAAAGUUUCGACGUAUAUUGUAAAAAUGAAAUUAUGAAAAGAUUUUUGGAAAUAAAUUAGGGAGAGCAGAAUUUACUGCUCUUAGUUAAAAAUUUCUAAAGUUUUUUUUAUUUCCAAAGGUAUUAAUUCGAAUUAUACUUUUUAAAUAUCUGCAAUAGAAUUACAACAUGUAAAAUAACUUCUAGUGUUUAGGUUUCUGUUACUGAAAAUGAUUUGUUUUCUUUUUUGUAAAAUGUGUUUUAUUGGUUUUUAAAGAACAAAUUUUCAGACAAUUUCUUUAAAGAAAUAAUGAAAAUAUCAAGGAAGAUUUUUGCUCUCCCUUAUAGCAGUAUCAUCCUCAUGUUUCUUAAAUAGUUUUAAAUUUGAAAAAUAUUUGUUGAACUAUUCCACAGGCAUACAAUUUGCUUCGCUUUUGUAUUGCUUAAUACUCAUGUGACUUCAAUACCAACAUUUAAAAUGUAGACUACGGACCGAUUAAUUCUUGCCUUUUUUGCUUUCAGAAAAAAGGUUGCGCCAUCUAUCCGUUAACAAUUCUACUUGAAUUAGUUUGAUUGCCAACUGAUAGAUGGUGUUGCCAUCUGUUGAUCAUCUUUCGAAAUAUGCUAAGCGAAUUCUCUUAUUCGCAAUGAAAGACAUUAAGACAGCAUUAAUCGGUAUUUGUAGAUAGCAGUGCCGAUUUUUCUCUUCUUUACUCUUUUUCAUUCUAUUAUUAGGUAACUAUGAUGGGAAAAAAGUAGUAAAUCAUAUUUUUCCCUUUACUUUAAGUAGCUGUAGUUUUAUAUAACAUAUAUAUAUAUAUUUCUUGAAUAUAUAUUUUAUGUUUUACACCUGGUUGAAUGCCAGAGCAGCCUAGUCUUCACUGCCAAAAUUCCAAGACUGGGGCCUGGCUGGUUCAGUUGCGAAAACAAACAAAAGUAUAUAUAUAUAUAUAUAAAAACUUGGAGCAUAAUUUUUUUUUAUUUGUAACUUAGCAGUGGCAAAGUAAUUAUGAAACGUGUAAAUUAAUAAAGCAUGUUAUGAAAA